UUUCUCUCCAGUCAACCGAAGAACAUGGCUCGCUAGCCAUCGCCCAGUGAUGGUAGAACUAGGAAUACGCCAUUUAGCCUAAUAUCUCACCGUGAUACCUUGGGAUAUCUCAUCCCGGGUUCCCGGAAUGGAUUCUCUUAUCGACCGACCACGGACAGUUACACCAUCGUCAUGUUCCUGCAUAGGUUAAUAUCAAUAUAUAACCCAUCCGCCCUGGAUGGAUGACAGCCAAUAUGGGAAGAGUAGGCUGAUCCCUCGACGAGGUUGUGCUUUGCUGUUUCUGAACAAUAGCAACGUUCAAGAGUUGUCCUCGCCGCCAUGUUCGGUUCAUCGUCCACAGGCUUCGGCCUGAAGAAUCUCCUCACUGGAGCGUUGAUCUUGUGCUCCUCUUCCUCCGUUUCUGCGAAGAGCUCGAAUCAAUGGCUCGAUAUCUGGGGCUCCAUGCCACAGCUCGUUGAGCCAGGGAACCUCCCUCCCGCUCCUUAUAACGGCGGAGACGCGGUCUUCAAAAACGCCACCUUGCGCCAGACAGUCUACAUCACCCAAGAUGCCUCGACCAUCCGGCUGAGCUUCAGCAACGCCUUCGGCGGUUCUGAUCUGCCCAUCACCGCAGCCACCGUCGCUCUGCCCGCAUCCGGAACAGGGGCCGGCUCCAGCGCCAUCAAGCCCGGGUCCGUCAAAACCGUCACCUUCUCAGGAGGCCGGCCCGACUUCCUCGUCCCCAACGGCGCCCUGGUUGUCUCGGACCCCAUCAAGAUCCAAGUCAAGGCCCAGUCCGUCCUGACCGUCACGCUCUACUUCGCUACCGGCCAGACCGGCCAGUCCAUCACCGGACACCCGGGUAGCCGCACAACCAGCUGGCUUGCGCCGGGCAACCUCGUUUCGGCCGCCGACCUGUCGUCCUCCGCAGCCGGAGUAGCAAGCACUGACCACUGGUACUUCCUCUCCUCCAUCGAGGCCUACCAGCCCGAGCGUGCCUCCGCCCUCUACAUCGUCGGCGACUCCAUCACCGACGGCCGCGGCUCCACCACCAACGCCAAUAACCGCUGGCCCGACCAGCUUCUCGCUCGCCUGCAAAAAGCCGGUCGCUCGUUGUCUUCCAUCUCAGUCAUCAACCAAGCCGCCGGCGGCAACCGCGUCCUGGCCGACGGUCUCGGCCCCAACGCCCUCGGCCGCAUCGAGCGCGACGUUCUCGCCCGCCCUGGCAACGGGGUGCGCUACACACUGAUCUUCGAAGGCGUCAACGACAUCGGCACCGCCUCGCUUGACCAGGUCUCCCAACAAUCCGUCGGCGACCGACUGAUCUCUGCCUACGAGCAGAUGAUUACGCGCUUACACUCUCGCGGAAUCGCGGCGUUCGGGGCGACUAUCACACCUAUGAGUGGGCCCGGGCAGGCGUAUGGUGAGCCGGAGAGGGAGAAGACGAGACAGAGGGUUAAUGAGUGGAUUCGAAGGAGUGGACGGUUUGAUGCGGUGGUGGACUUUGAUAGAGCUGUGAGAGACCAAAAGAAUGGGACGAUGCUGGAUAAGAGGUGGGAUAGUGGGGAUUAUUUGCAUUUGAAUCCGGAGGGGUAUCGGGUGAUGGCGGAGGCGGUGGAUUUGAGGAUUUUUGAGAGGUUUGCGGAAGGGGUGGAGGUGUAUUUGUAGAGGAGUGGAUGAGUAGUGGUGUUGGUAGUCGAAGAGUCCUUAAGUUGGGUAGUCGGAGAGGUUUAUGAAUCGGAUAAGUUCGUCUUAUGUCUUCGUCAUCAUUGCGUCGGUCGACUGGGUUGGAGAACCCCCAUCGAGGCCGCCAAUUAGGGUUUCUUGUGAGUGAUAUGGUGUCCUUGUUGUAUAUCAGCCUCCUUCUUGACGUGGUUCCCAUUUUUAUCUUCUUUUGGUCGGAGUGCGAUCGUGAAGGUGAGUGUGAAUGUCGUCGAUGUCGUGAAACUCUUGAGUGAUUUAAAGCACCACGAGGAGGGUUCCAGGCCGAAGUUCAAAGACCGAAAAAGAGCUUAAAUCAAAA